GAAUAUUUUUAUCUAUCUAGAGGGAUAGUUCAAGACAGAUUUGGAAAUAAACCCAACCAUGUCGCCCAUGAGAAUUUCCUCAUAUGCAAUAUUGUGGAUUACGCUGCUGGAGACAAGUCAGGGUUUGAAGUGCUACACGUGUGAUCGCCGCUUCCACAACAACUGCGACACAGAGAAGGAGGUGACAUCAUGCAUUCCAAUCGUUCAUGACAGCUGCCAGUCAAUAGCAAUAAAGUUUGAAAAAGGGACAAGGUUCGAAAAGAGAUGCACCCGUAAGGCCUCCUGUGACGUUAUCACCAAAGAGUGGCUGACCCAUGGCUUGUGUAACAGACACAUCGGAUCAAUGUGUGUCCAUUGUUGUCAGACGGACAGAUGUAACCUGGCGGAUCCAACAGACUUGUUUGGUGGGACGGCGGGAUUGAGUAAUGCUGCGAUAUCGGUUUUGUUGCCGUUGGCGGUAUCGUAUGUGAUAGGAAACUAAUACAGAUUAUGUAAGAAGACACUCAAGCAUAGAACCAAGGCGGCUCAAUUCCAUACACGUCUGAUGCUUGUCUCAAACUUGCCAGCUUUCCUGGCACAACCUAACUAACAGCUUACCCAGUCGCUCCUCUCUUUGAUUAGUUGUCACGUCUCAAUCGAUCGGAUGGAUGAGAUUAUGUCGAGAAGAUGGGGGUGACUUUAACAACGUAUUCCUGCAUUGAUCUUCUCAUGGUGAACUCGGGGGACACAGUGCUCUUAGCCAUUUGGACCGGACUGCUAAGUCAUUACUUUAAAGUACUAGGGACAUCAGUUUUGUACGAGAGGGUUCUGCUCGGCAAGCCACCCGUAGGUUGUGACGGUGUCCCAACACACUAUCUCUGUAAAAGACUGGUCGGAGAGACUUGAGGGUGGCUUAGCGGUGGAUGAGCCUUGCCCACUUCUCCCUGGUUGUGAUUGUCUCAUCUAUCUCACAGUUUUGUAUAUAUGAUGGAGCUGCCAGGUUGAUUUGGUCAAAAUGUGGCUGUCUCAUCGCCCUUACCGUGUCGGUGACCGGACGGGCCUGCCAGAGCCGAUUCGAUCUGGCUGCGGCGGUCUCACUCUCACAGUUUUGAACAAACAGUGAAUAUGCCAGGCCAGAAAUAACACAGUGAGUUAAGAGAGUCACAGCCAGACCGUGUCAGGCCCGGUGUAGAAGUAAAAAAUAUCAACCUGGAAAUUUGUCCGGCCCUAUUAUAUUCUGACGGAUCAUGGUAUAUGGUUCUCUUGAAGCCAUGACCGUCUAUAGCUUGGAGAUUGAAAGCGCACGAUAGAAUCCCUUGCGACCCGGACACUCUAUCCAUAUCAUCUUCCUCCAUGGUCACCUAAAUCCUACACCCAAAUUGUCCCUACAAUACACGUGCACGGAGCUUUCUAAGUACGAUUCCCUGUGCAUGCACACUUCCGACUUUAACUAAAUUCUAAGAGAAUCAACUCGAAUCUCAAUACAAAUCUGCCAUGGCUGACAACAUUGGCGGAAAAAAACUAUUUCUUUUGACCCUGUUGACCUCGCGUCAAAAACAUUUUUAAGGAAGCCUUUCAAACAUUGAAAUCAACUGCCAACAUUUUCUAUAAAAUCACCGAGCUAUA